UUGAACUACAGGAUUUAUGAACGGGUAUGAUCUUACAGAUUCAGAAUUUUUCAGAAUUAGUACACAAGGCGAUGCUAGCGAACAGAAUCUUAAGAGGGGUGCUGAAUUACAAGAACAGAGGAAGAGAGCUGCUCCACAAGGAUUUCCUAGUUCGGAUCAAGGGCAAUGGAAAAAGAGAAAUGAGGGGAGCAGUUCAAGUCAGAGGCAGAUACAGGGAAAUCCUACACCUAACCCUUGUAAGUUCUGUAACCGCAUACACCAUGGAGAGUGCAGGAAGGAAGUGGGUUCAUGUUUCAAAUGCGGUAAGGAUGGGCAUUUCAUUAGAGAAUGUCCAUUGCUGCGGAGACAACAGAAGGCCCAACCCACCCCAAAACUUUAGGCCGAUUAAUCAAGGCAACAAUCAGCGGAGGACUGUACCUGCUCGGGUUUUUGCUUUGACACCGGGAGAAGCUGAGGACAAGGAGGAUGUCAUCACAGGAAUUGUUCCCUUAUUCCUCAAUAAGGCUAUUGUUUUAUUUGACUCGGGGGCUACUCACUCCUUUAUUUCUAUGGAUUAUGUUAAGUUGUGCCCCAUUGUUGCUGAUGAGAUGGACUACAAUUUGAGGGUCUCUACCCCAACUGGUGAUAUAGUGACUUGUAACAAGAUUUUACUCAAGUGUCCAAUAACUAUUAGCGGGAAGGAAAUGCCAGCUAACCUGAUA